AUGUCGCAGGCUACUACAUUGUCUUCGAACAUAACCGAUGUGACCGCUGCGCCGGCUAAUCUCGCCGUUGCGCCUAGUUCCAGUGCCGCCGCCAAUCACACCGCGGCAAUGAGUUAUCCCGUUGCAUCCAAUUCGAUCGCUCCGGGCAACAGUUUGCUGAUGCUGGAAACGUGUGCCGCUAAUAGUGCAGCUGCCCCACAACUAGCCUCGAUGGCGCAUCACGAAAAUCUGAAUGCUGGUAUUGUAUAUGGAACUCCCUCCGCGCCUAAUACAGCGCACGCCAUGCCAUCCGGUCGACUACUGCUCCAGGGAAACCCGCCGAUUAGCCCCGCUCACUCCAUUAACUCUGUUGGCUCGCAAGGGCUUCGCCGUCGAGCUGAGCUUAUACAGGAGCGAAGCGAAAUUUUACGACAGAGGGAGGCUUUGUUAAGAGAGGAGCAUAGUUUCUUGGAUCGCAUAGAUGCAAUGGGCUUUGACGACGACCUAGAUGAUGGACAAUGCACUGUACCUAGGUUUUCAACUUCCGCGCAUGAUUCAGGUCCACAUUCAACGCAAAUUAUACAGCCACCUCCAAAUUUUAUUACACCUUUCAACAUAGCUGCUUCCGGUGCCAAUAAUUUUACCAAUACUGGCUCUGCCCCGGACGAUGUCAAUUUGAUAAGUGGAUCAAAUGCCCAGCAGCCAGGAGGGGGUCUAACAGGAUCUGUUCUUCAAUGCCUAUUAGACAGAAUACAGUCACUCGAACAGCAAGUACACAGAUAUUCGACACUCAAUCGAGGAUAUUCUCCGCCACAACCGCAACCGGCACAAACUACUUUGCCAACAGCUGGGCACGUUAAUAGUUUAUCUUUCGGUGCCUCGACUUCUCGACGCUUGAGUAGAGACCAGAUUGCUUCUCGUAACAGCCUUGCUAAAGAGUUGCCGAAAUAUGAUGGCAAGCCAACUGAGUGGCCAUUAUUUUAUGCCGCAUAUAACCAAUCGACUGAGGUUUGUGGAUUCUCGGACGAUGAGAAUCUUAUAAGACUGCGGCAGGCAUUGGAAGGGCCAGCACGGAAUGCAGUUAAAAAUUUAUUGUUGCAUUCCUCUUGCGUGCCCCAAAUUAUUGCUACCCUUCAAAUGCGAUUUGGACGACCAGAAUUAAUUAUCAGCGUUCUACAGCGACAAAUUUAUGAGCUUCCAUCACCGUCAGAGAGUCAGCUGGAAUCGAUCGUCGACUUCGCCGUAGAAGUGCAGAACAUCUGCGCAACAAUGUCUGCGUCAGGCCUGACCAGCCAUUUGAAUAAUCCCGAUCUCGAACAGAAGCUGGUUUCGAAAUUGCCUGGGCUACUACCAGCUUAUUGGGGAAUGCAUAAGCAAAGUUUACCGAUCUGUAAUUUACAACAUUUCAGUGAUUGGCUUUUUCUACUAGCACAAGGCGCCAACUCUGUUAUCGUGCCAAAGGAGUCAACAAAGGUGCGCAAACGGGGCGCAAUUAAUUAUCAUUUUAAUGCGGGAUUGACACGUAGUCAAAAAUGGGGAAUUGUUCGCAAGUUGAAACUUUGUCACCGAUGCUUGAAGGGCCAUCCUACAGCCGGUUGUAAAUCGACUGCACCUUGCAAUGUUAAUAGUUGCACCCGAAAUCACCAUCCUCUGUUGCACAACGCAGAGUUAGCUGCUAAAGACGCUCCAAACAAUGGCAAGGGCGUAACUACAAUGCGGGCGGUCAACGUUAACAUGCACAAUGUGGGCCAAGGCAGUACCAUUUUCCGUGUCCUUCCCGUAGUUCUACACUCAGGCGAACGGAGUGUAUCAACAUACGCUUUCAUAGACGAUGGUUCGUCGCUCACCCUUAUCGACGAAGAGCUGCUGAAUAAGCUAAAUAUAAAGGGCACACCACAACCACUGUGCCUGCGCUGGACUGGUGAUACACAUCGGUAUGAGGACGAGUCUGUGGUUGUCGACUUAGCCAUAUCAGCUAAAAACGGUAAUAAGAAAUUCGGGCUUAAAGGCGUUCACACAGUCAAAAAGCUUGACCUGCCUCUUCAAUCGAUUAACGCUGCUAAACUGCAGUCCAAAUUUCAAUAUUUGAAAAGGUUGCCUCUGGAGUCCUAUUCAAACGCGGUACCACAACUAUUGAUUGGUUUAAACAACGCUGCGCUUGGUUCUCCAAUCAAAUCUUUAUAUGGCCGUGAAAAUGAGCCAAUAGCAGAGAAGUCCAAACUCGGAUGGACAUUGAAAGGACAAGCAUCAAGUACAAACCAUGAUGCGGCGCACCCUGUCUUUCACAUUUGCGACUGCUCCGCACAGGCUGAACUCGUUAAAAUUACUAAAUCGUACAUUUGCCUCGAUAAUUUAGGCGUGUCAGCUAAAUCUUCUGCAUUAAUGUCUAAAGAGGACGAAUUUGCUAUGGUGCAGCUACAACAACACACUGUGCGAGUUGGCAAUCGAUAUCGAACCAGCUUAUUGUGGAAGCACCCUAAAAUGCAGCUACCCAAUAGCCUACCAAUGGCCUUAUUUCGAGCGAAGUGUUUGCUGAAGAAGAUGCAACGCGACCCUAACUUGGCUGAGGUGCUUCAGCAAAAAAUUGAUGAUUAUAUUCAAAAGGGGUACGCUAGACGUAUGACACCAGUCGACAGCGCCGUUGAAAGAUACUGGUAUCUACCGGUUUUUGCAGUAAUUAACCCCAACAAACCAGGCAAGGUGCGCUUAGUCUGGGACGCAGCCGCGAAGGUUGAUGGUAUAUCCUUGAAUACCAUGUUGCUCAAAGGCCCAGACCUAACGACCCCAUUGUUGUCGGUGUUGUUUAAAUUUCGACAAAAGCGAAUCGCCAUGUCGGCCGAUAUUGCUGAGAUGUUUCACCAAGUUCAAGUCCGGGAACAAGAUCAAAAUUUCAUGCGUUUUCUUUGGUAUGAACAGAAUGCCAACGAGCCAACUACAUUCGUGAUGACUGUUAUGACCUUUGGGGCCACAUGUUCGCCCAGCUGCGCUCAAUAUGUCAAGAACAAAAAUGCAGAAGAAUUUCGUGAAGAGUUCCCUGGUGCUUCGCAGUGCAUAAUAGAAAACCACUACGUAGACGAUAUGUUAGUUAGCGUGGAUACUGAAGAAGAAGCUAUUAAGUUAGCGAGAGAUGUGCGUCACGUACAUGCGAUGGGAGGUUUUCACAUAAGAAAUUUUUUAUCGAAUUCAAGUCGUGUGCUAGCCGCCCUAAAUGGCAGCCCCACUGAUGCACUAUGCCUUGAUUUUGAGAACGAGCAGCCAACUGAGAAGGUACUAGGCAUGUGGUGGGUUACCUCUAGUGACCACUUCGCCUUUCGUGUAUCAUCCAAAUAUAAGAAUUCUGAUCUGUUACUUUCUCAGCGGCGACCUACCAAGCGCGAAGUUUUGAGCUUGGUUAUGACUAUAUACGACCCAAUUGGGCUGAUAGGUUUCUACGUUGUAUACGCCAAAGUUAUCUUGCAAGAAAUAUGGCGAGCUGGAUGCGACUGGGACGACCCAAUUCCAGAUGACCAAUUUGCGAAAUGGCUGCGGUGGAUUAAGCUUAUUCCAAAAAUAGAAAACCUAAGGAUUCCACGUUCUUAUGCGCGAGUCAAAUUUGACGAUACACCUAAAAUAGAGCUACAUACCUUUGUAGAUGCAAGCGAAAGUAGCUAUGCAGCUGUAUGCUACCUACGAUACUCACAUGGUAAUUCAAUCGACUGUAUGAUGAUCGCCAGUAAAACCAGAGUGGCUCCGCUUAAAUUAUUGUCCAUACCUCGCCUGGAACUAAAGGCAGCACUGUUGGGAGCUCGCCUUGCUAAGCAUAUCAUUGAGUCGCAUUCUAUCCACCUUGAUAGCUCCGUAUACUGGUCAGAUUCACGAACGGUAUUAGCCUGGCUGUAUGCUGAUCAUCGCCGCUACAAACAGUUUGUGGCUUUCCGAGUUAGUGAAAUUCUAGAACUUACCGACGUCAGUGAGUGGCGCUGGGUGCCAACUGCAGCAAACGUUGCUGACGAAGCCACCAAAUGGAAUGGUGAUCCAGAUUUUUCUAACGAUAGCCGAUGGUUUAGCGGACCAUCUUUUUUAUAUCUUCCGUGUGACGAAUGGCCCGUGUCUAACGGACCGCAAAAUAUUUCAACAGAAGAACUCCGUCCUCAGUUUAUUGGAGCUCAUUGUAGAAUUCCAGAACAACUUCUUAUGGUGCCCAAACCUGAGAGAUUUUCUACAUGGGACCGUCUCCUCCGAGCAACCGCCACGACCUUGUACUGCGCUCGUAUUUGGUUAAGUGUAGUGCGAGACAAUCAAGUCUUACGUAGCGUUGCCACUACCGACGAUUUUCGUAAGGCAGAAAACUUUCUUUGGAGGAAAGCCCAGCAAGACAUUUUCAAUGAUUCAAUAAUAUCUUUAUCGGUUGGGAAGGCCGUUGACAAAUCUAGCAAAAUAUUCAAAUUAUCACCCUAUCUGGAUGACGAUGGUGUUUUGCGAAUAGAUGGCCGAGUUAAAAUAAUAGGGCGCACGGACCCAGUUUUGCUGCCUAACAAUCAUCACAUUACGAACUUAAUUAUAAAUCACUUUCAUGUCAAAUAUCAUCAUGUGAACUCGGAGACAGUCGUCAACGAAAUUCGGCAACACUUUUGGAUUUUAAAACUUCGCAUCGCAGUUAAUCGAAUUCGACGCAGCUGUCAGGUAUGCAAAAACAGAAGCGCUCAACCACGUCCACCUAGAAUGGCUUGCUUACCUACAGCCCGCAUCGCACAAUUUUGUCGUCCAUUUUCCUAUGUAGGGGUUGACUACUUUGGUCCACUUCUGGUCACGGUUAAAAGGAGCACCGAAAAGAGAUAUGGGGUAUUAUUCACCUGUCUGACAACCAGAGCGGUGCAUCUCGAAGUGGCAUAUUCGCUUUCUACAGACUCCUGCAUUUUGGCCGUACGUAAUUUUAUGGCGCGUAGAGGGAGCCCAUUGGAGAUAUGGAGUGACAACGGCACAAAUUUCAAAGGCGCUGAGAGGGAACUGAAAUCUGCGUUUACGCUCGUAGACCAAAAUCGAUUGACGAGAACUUUCACUUCGGCCGCAACCAACUGGCAUUUCAUACCACCCGCGUCUCCACACAUGGGCGGAGCAUGGGAGCGGCUAGUUCGCUCAGUCAAGGACGUCCUACAACAGAUAUUGACAUCUAACUGUCCAAAUGACGAGAUUCUUCAUGCUGCUUUAAUGGAGGUGGAGAUGACAGUUAACUCGCGACCGUUGACUUAUAUUCCUAUUGACCACGAAGAAGAAGAGGCACUAACACCCAACCACUUCCUAUUAGGCAGCUCCAAUGGUGUUAAGCCGAUUGCAGAACCAGUUACUGAGGGCGUCCUAAUGCGUCGUAACUGGCGAACAUCACAAAACCUUGCGGACGCGUUCUGGCGACGUUGGGUCACCGAAUAUUUGCCCACCAUCACUAGGAGAACUAAAUGGUUCGAAGACGUUAAAGCAAUAAAAGUCGGAGAUAUUGCAUACAUAGUUGAUCCAAACAACCCAAGGAACUCUUGGCCCAAGGGUAAGGUAAUUGGCGUGCGAACGAGUGCCGACGGAAGGGUUCGAAGCGCUACUCUUCAGACAAUCUGUGGAAUCUAUGAAAGACCUGCUGCUAAAAUAGCCGUUCUAGAUCUGAAAAGCUCGGUACAUCCUAAUCGGCAGGAUAUACCAGGGGGGAGUGUUACGAACAGUCUGGCAGCACGGUCGGGAUAG